AUUACCCUCCUUUAGCUGUCCUCUUUCCUCAGUAAGAUCUAUCAAGAAUGCCAGAAGAAAGAAUCUACUCUUCAGGGAGGGAACCGUAUUUCAAUUUGAACUCCACUUGGUAUGGGCCCGCGGGAUCGUGGCUGGAUACUCGCCGCAAACCAUUCCACUAUGCUCACAACACUUGCUGCAUAACCGGUUGCAACCGCAGAGACGACAUCCCCAGAAGAGGAGGCCAUGAUUAUCGAUGCUACGGCUAUCGUCGGUCCACCUGUAGAUCAGGGGGUAACCCGAGAGUGAGAUGUUGUGUCCAUAACCCCUCAGGAGGGCCCCGAGACUAUUGGGGGCGGCCAAUUGGUGACUCGUGCAAUGGCAAUACAGGUGGAUAUUAUUCGAACGAAGAGUCAUUCUCUGCAGAGGGAUGUUGUGGGUCUUCAGGAGGAUGUGGCAGCGGAGGAACAGGGGCUUGCUCUCAGCCAUGUUUUACAUCAGUGGGAUGCGGCACUGGAGGAGCAGGCGUGUGCUCUGAGCCAGGAGGAUGUGGCACUGGAGGAAAAGGCGUGUGCUCUGAGUUAGGAGGAUGCGGCACUGGAGGAAAAGGUGUGUGCUUUGAGCCAGGAGUAUGCAGCACUGGAGGAAAAGGCGUGUACUCUGAGCCAGGAGGACGUGGCACUGGAGGAAAAGGUGUGUGCUCUGAGUUAGGAGGAUACGGCACUGGAGGAAAAGCUGUUGUCAAACAGGAAAUGAACGACCAGAUUGCGAUCAUCAAAAGAACAUCAAGUUCUCCCUUGAAGCCGAUGGAAGAGAGAUGCGUCGAUGGAAAUCCUCAGAGCAAGACACUGGACAAUUUCCCCUUGCAACAGAGUGCAUUCAAGGGGUCACAAGUAGAUGAUGUCUAG